AACGACUUCGGCUCCCAAUCCACCUCCGAGCAGGUCAUCGACGACAUCGAUGCCUCCAGCCACAGUGUCAUCAUCAUCAUCAUCGGCAAGAGCGGGGGGAUCAGAGCAGAGAUAGCGAGGGUGAUGGCACUCCGCGGCGCCCACAUCAUCAUCAGAACGAGGAACCUCGAGGCUACCGACGCCGUCAAGCAGCACAUCUCCCGGAACAAUCCCUCCGCUAAAAGCAGCAUCAUCGAGCUCGAACUCAGCUCGCAAAAAUCAAUGCAAGGCUUUGCCAACAAGUUCCUCGCCACGAAUCUUCCCCUCAAGAUGUUAAAUAAUGCUGGAGUUAUGAACUACGCUUACAAUAUCUUAGAGGAUGGAAUAGAGUUGCAGUUUACCACAAAUUAUAUCGAUUUAGGUGGAAGUUUGGCAAUCAUAUAUAAUCCCAGCUUGUAA